UCGGCGGCGUCGCCGGAGUCUCGGAGUCGUGCCGCUUCAGGUGGAAAAUAGGAAACAGGAAAUAGGAAAUGGCGGGCAGCGGGCGCUUCGCGAUACCUCGCUGACGCCGCCACUGCUUGAAAUCCAUUUCCGGGGCAAUCGGUAUUCAAUCCGCGCAAGGUCCGCGCGAUAGCACUAACGUAAGGACAAUGAACCGCAACGGUCGGACUCACGGUGGAGAGCUCGCGUUCGGCGCGGUAGCGAAGCGGUCGCGGCCGGAGCUCCACCUAUGUUGUGCGGGGAGUUGCUGAACGGCGGUUUCGUCAGCGCGGGAGCUGCCCCGGUGGUGCCCUGUGGGUUGCUCGGCCUUUGGCUCCCCGGUUGCCUGAAGGCCUCCAAUCCUCGGCUGCUCACCUCGCCGUACCUGACCCUCCUGGCCGAACUCCUGGCCACGGGUUGCUACCUGGACGACCAGCUGUACCGCCUGCACCGCCAUAACCUCCGCCGACACUUUAUGUUGCGCCGCAAGGAGAUGGCCGACCUGGACGGCGAGCUCGACGGCGACCUCGACGGCGACCUCGACGCCGACUUCAACAUCGACGAGGACGUCUUACUCGAGAACGGCCUGCUCUCCUUCGAGAACCCGAACUACCAUCUCGACACGGCUCGACUCGAUGACGCCUUGAACAGUAACGGAACCAGAAGUUCCCUGUACGAGGAACUGUAUCGGGAAAUCGUCGGGGACGGGAGUGACGAGGUGACGGGAACUAGGGCCCAAGCUCGAAGGACCUACGCAGCUCUCGAUUUGGGCAGCAUGGGCGUUGACGUCACCCAGGGCCCCCUCGCUCAGGACUCUACCGAGGACGCACCCGAUAACACCGAUAACCAUAAUCUGGGAUACAGCGGCGAGGGUGCGGUGGAGGAAUCGACGCUGGUCGACGACACCCUCAACGGAAACCCUCGAUCGGGGUCAUCCGACCUGGUGAAGCCUCCCCUGGCCGAGCCCUUCGGCCAGAUCGACGAUCGCACCAAGGGCCAUCUCUUCAAGUACUGUGAAAAGGCCGACAACGAGAACACGGAAAUGGGAGGUGUGCCGCACGUCGAGGGCGGCCUCAACAGCGAGCUCUACGCGGUUCCGGUGAAGCGUCGCCAGCCGAAGGAGCAAAAGAACGCGUCCUCGCAGCAGAACAUCGGAGAAAAACCUCCAACGAAUAUCGAGGUGGAUCCGGUGGACUCGGAGGGCAAAGACGAGAACCUUCCCCCAGGAUGGGAGAAACACGAAGACAACGACGGGCCUUACUAUUGGCACAUCAAGAGCGGCACCAUCCAGAGGGAACCCCCGGAGGCCCCCUUGAAUUCGAAAACGGAGUCCCGUAGGAGUCUGGUCAAGGACAACGAGAGCAUAAAUAAUUUCCACUCGUUGGGAGGGAUGGUGAACACGGUGACCAGGAGCAACACAAGCUCCGCUCUGGACCAGGAUCUGGAGAACAAGAGGAAAGAGGAGUUGGCUUUGAAGAGACGAAGUUAUCCUGCCAGGGCUGAUUCCGAGGGCAGAGACAAGCCUAUCAGGUUUGCGGUACGGUCCCUGGGCUGGACGGAAAUUGCAGAAGAGGAUUUGACUCCGGAUAGGAGCAGCAAGGCCGUUAAUAAAUGCAUCGUGGAUCUCUCUCUGGGAAGAAACGAUCUUUUGGACGUAGUUGGUCGGUGGGGCGAUGGCAAAGACCUCUUCAUGGAUCUGGACGAGGGUGCGCUCAAGCUGAUCGACCCUGAAAACCUCACAGUGCUGAACACUCAGCCCAUUCACACCUUGAGGGUAUGGGGCGUUGGCAGAGAUCACGGCCGCGAGAGGGACUUCGCAUACGUAGCAAGGGACAGGACAACGAGGAAGCACAUGUGCCACGUCUUCCGUUGCGACAUACCGGCACGCACGAUCGCCAAUACCCUACGCGACAUCUGCAAGAAGAUCAUGAUCGAGAGGUCAUUGCAGCAGAACCUCGCCAAACCGGUGGACAUCAACGGGAGAACGAGUUUGGCAACGAGGCCGACAAAUCUGCCGACGGAGCACCGACGGUUCCACAGAAACGGCCAGGCGCUCGUCACGCAAUCUUUCCCGACUCCGAUGGAAGAGCCGAAGAAAGUCCUACGAGCUCAGUAUCUUGGCUCGAUGCAAGUGUCUCAGGCCAUGGGCAUCGAGAUCGUAAACGACGCGAUAGACCAUCUCGUAACGAACACCCCAUCCAAUCAGUGGAGGAACGUCAACGUCGCGGUUGCACCCAGCAUGAUCUCUAUACAGACGCCUACAGACGACAAAUUGAUAGCCGAGUGCCGAGUGCGUUUUCUCUCCUUCCUGGGGAUCGGCAGAAACGUCAAGCAAUGCGCCUUUAUCAUGCACACCGCUCAGGAUCUCUUCAUCGCUCACGCGUUUAACUGCGAGCCCAGCAGCGGUGCCCUUUGCAAGACCAUCGAAGCUGCCUGCAAGUUGCGGUACCAGAAGUGCUUGGACGCCCAUCCCCAGGGUUUUCGUAACGCGAGCGGUCUGAACACUCCCAGCGGUCGAGGUCUGGGAGCCACUAUCAAAUCCCUCGUCGGAUCUCUGACCGGCCGGCGAAACAAACAGGGCGAAUCCUGAGAUGAGGCUCUCUCGCUGCAGGAACUGUGGCCACUACCUGCCGAGCGAGAGGUGAUCCGACACAGACAUCUGCAAUCGCCGCUGACGCUGAAGUAUUUCGAAGGAUCUCCUCCGAGCGCCUCGCUGAGGUCGCUGCUCUCGCCAUCCCUGGACACGAGGCGCAUUCAAUUGGCCCGCUGGGAGAGCAACCCGUAAGCUCUUCGACGGCGAGCCCGAAGAACCCAGGAAACGCAAACGUAGGCUGCCAGGAGUGGGCGCAGAGUGGAAUCCCCCAGAGGAUCCCGGCGAGUCAGUGAAGCGCUAUAUAUCGCAGCUAUAAUGGACUACGCUUAGUGUGUCGAUAUGUUGUAUGUUAUAUCGCGGUGUCUUCAGUUUCCAAGGGAGAAGGGCCCCCGGAGGUAGCGCCGGCGACGACGCGCCGUCUUCAGAGCCAACCUCCGGGGACCACGUCGAGGUCCUCGGCCGGGUGCGCGUCCUUGAUAGACCGAGUGGCCGCACGUUGGACGACCUCCCGGGCGACCUCUCGCGCCACGCGAAGUCUAGGGUGCGGUUCGCGACCUGACCAGGGACCGCGGCCCGUCGCGGUCCCACCUGAACCGUCCUGAUCGACCCGACCGUCCCAACCGACCUCCCACGGAGAACCGGAUCGGCCGAAACAGUUCGUCGACCUCCAUCAGGCAAACGCGUCGAUCCGGUCGACCUCAGCAACAGAACGGAAGGCGAGGUCGCGUUCCAGAGGACCGCGCGAGAGGGACCGGGAGUCCCAGUGAUAAUCCACGAGGCAUUCGAGAGAAGCUAUAGAGCUUAUUAUACUUUACACGUGUACUAUCGACUGUACAGAGUAGGAGAGAGCGUUCGAGGUCAUCGGUGUACACCCCCCACCUACCACCCACCCGCGAUACCCACACGUAUACAUCACACCCCUGCGUACACGUCACACGGUAGAGGGAUAGGGAGUUUAUUUUUUAUGCUGAAUAAUAUAGGAGUGCUUGCGUCGAAGUGAUAUGACAAAUAUUAGCGCGACGCCCCCGGCGUCUCGCGAGCGUCGCGACGGCCAUUCGUCGGUGUGUUGCUGCGUUGAAGAAACGUGCAUCGCGGUGCAGCCUUCCACUUCCGGUGGCGGAAAUAUAUUGCGAGUCACGUAGAGCCUUGAAUAUUCGACCAGCGUGGUUUUAAGGGCAAUUAUUUAAGGGACAGUGGCAAUUUUUUGCACCCUCGAUCGUUACUAAUACGAUAAAGGAGGGUCAGAAUUUCUAGCGCUUUUCGCGCCAUUGUGAAAUUCUCAGAAUCGCGUGGUUUCGUGUAACAAUAAUUAAUAAUUGUAAUAAUUGAAUCGGAGUACCUUGGAUCGUUCUUCAAGAAUAUCUACGAUUUUGAAUAACCAUUGUUCUUACGAUUAUCCGUGAUUGCUAACGUUAUCACCGACAACGAGUCGUUUCUCUCGAUACGGGAUACCAGAAUCGAUCGGCAACGCAGUCUUCGAGAAGCUCUCUUGAAUUUAUCUGAUUUUUCUCAAUCGUUCCGAAGGCAAAAGAUGGCAGCCAUCUAGCGUAUUGUAGCGUUCGACAAUUUGCGAUCGUUUCGCGACGCUCGGCUGGACGCGCAGCACACACACCAACGAAUAGCGAUAUUUGCUACUGUUGCUGGUUGCAGGGAAUAGCAUAGUAAUUAUAUCCAGAGAGAGGAAGGAGCGGAGGGAAAAAAAAACUCGCACUCGCAGCGCCUAAGUUUGACCACUUGGUGGUCGGCUUCAUCAUUGCUCGCCCGUUCGUCCUUGCCCAUCCGAAGACGUCCUCGUCGUCGUCGUGCAAACCGCUGUAAUGGUCGUCCCGGGCACGACCGACCCAACUUCUGACACCCACUUGGCGAACUCAAGACUUCACCCUAACUGGUGAACCACUCUUCGAUUUCUUCAGGUUCGAAGCCACCCUCUGCGUUCCAAGUUGCACCUCCGAUCGCCUCAAGAUUCGCGAUCCGAACCUAGCUGGAUCGCUCCAAACCUUAUUCUCCGAUAUAGGAACAAACUAAACGAACGACAUAGAAAUUCUAUAGUACAUCAAAUUUGCUACAGACCCAUGGAAGGGCUUUCGUGUACCUCUUCAAGGCCGUUCCUCUAAACUCAGCAAUCGAUGGGAAUUCCCCGCAGAGCUCAUUAUUCUCGCUUAUGGGAAUGUAGGAUUCUUACCACUUUGUGGUCGUUGUCUGUGUCCUCGACCUCAACAUCUAUUGUUAGGAUUCGGUAGUUCCUGCCAGUUAUUGAAGAUCUUGAAGAUCUCUUACUCGGAGGUGCAACUCGACGCACAGGAGCCCGUUCUUCCGCACAUCACGGGCUAUUGGAUUCCCGGGAACGGGUUUAAGGGACGUUUCCGAAGUAAUCAGUGAAGUUACAAUGUUCCUAAUCGACUAGUAGUCGCCUUAGAUGGUCGCCGAGGGCGACCCUCGUAGAGGGGAAGAGGCACACACGUGCACGUCGCCCAGUCCUCUCCUUUGUAGAUCGCGAGAGACCUCGGCCUUGAAACUGCGAUCCCGAGGAACCAGCGAUGGGUCUCGGCGAUGAUAGACGCGACACGGGAGGGUCGGAUCUCGGAGAGGGCAGAAAUCGGCCAGAGAAAGGGUUAGGCGGGAAAGGAGAGCAAUGGUGCACCGAGACUCGAGUUUCCGAUGAUUCGCCGUCGUGGUUGAUCUCGAAGACGCUCGGCAUCGAAUCGUCGGCAGCGUCGCGAAGGCCAUCGUAGCAGAGAUUAAGACAAACUCGCGCGGGACCCAGGAUGUUGUUUCUAUAGUAAGCUAGCAUUUGCAAGAGAAUUAAGGAGAGCGACAAGAGAACGAGGAAGCUUGAAAGCGAGAGAAUGAGAGAGCGCGAGAGGAGUGUCUGCACGCGUUGAGUCUCUUUAAGGGCCGUUAGAGUGGAUUUUCUUUUCCAGAAACUGACUUUCCCGGACGCCAAGUUUGCGCCGAUUAGACUCUCCGCCUUUCUCUUUGAAAGGGAAACUUUGGAAGAUGGAAGAAGUCAGCCAAGAACCCGGAAAUCGAUUUCAAGUUGGAAAUUCGGACGCGAAGUCGAACUUGUCGUUUUAGGAUCUAACUUCUUUUCGGUUUAUGCAGUUCUGGUCUUAUUUCGAUAUCUUCUCGCAAGAACUGGCCACUUUGACGAAAGUUGGGCAUGUCCGAGGAAAAUAGGUGACGGAAGAUGUUCUCACCUCUCGUGAAAUCGGAAAUCAAUAUCCGCCCUCGUGGCUCCUUAACGAGGGAACCAUCGACGCCGCGGAUUAGCGGCUGUAUAAGUAAAUCCGAGAUUAAUUUAUAACGAGGUGUACCGAGCGCGAAUGGAGGUGCGAAUGAGAGCGAAUCAGAAGGUACGAACGCCCUGUGUUGUACAUAAGCGCGCGCUGAACCCCCGCCUUCACUAUACUUAUAAAUAUUAUAUAUGUAUAGCUAUUAUACAUACGUAUAUGUAGUUACUAUAUCGUAUCGUUAUUCCCGCACUUUGCCGCAUAGCGCGUUCCGCCGUGGAAAAGCGGAGACUUCAACGCGAGAUAUCACCGCGCCGCGCCUCGCACCGAUCUCCACUUCUUAAGAACUUUCAAGAAAAAAGAAAAAAAAACGCUUCUUCACGAUUACUCCAUUACCCCCACCUUCUGUACUACCGAGUCCGAGGGUUACACAGGCCGGGGGCGAGUAAACCAAACUGUUUUUGCGACCGAGUCGAAUUUCACGUCUUUUCAACUUGAAAUUAACGUUUGAUGAAAAGGAACGAAUGUACCCUCCGCAGUGCGAGAUAAAUUACAGGUUCAAGCAGGAACUAUUAAGCAGUUAAGAAAUUAAGUAACCGAGGGGUGUAACGAAUUCCAAAGCUAGAGAAUUAAUUUACCUUGCUCGCCCUCGCGCCGGCAGUAGAGUUUGAUCGGGGAAGAAAGGGCCUUGAGGGAGGAAAUUCUAAGUGAACAUUUCCGAGUACCGUUUUCGAAAAUUACAGACAAUAGGGAAACGCUGCUCGACGGGCCCUUUUGUCGCGCCUCGAAAGAGCCGUAAAGUGUUAUUAAUAAAGGAGAAGGAAAUAGAAACGAGCGAUGAGGCAGACGUUAUAUGUACAUAUAUUAGACGUGUAACUUAAGAGCGAUCCAAGCAAGAGGGCGAAACUGCGAAAGUCCGGCAUUUUUUGCGGCCAGAGGACACACGAAACUCACAUCGGACACACACGUACACACGGAUUAUGAGAGGAAAAAAAAAUAAUAAAAACCGAGCACGCGAUCCGCGUGGGGAUUCACACGCGCAUAGCUUAAUUGUCAUUCUAGGUGUUGAUAAAGUCACCGCGAGUGGUAAGAAUUCUAACAAGAGAGUACGGAAGCCCGCAUUAACUGAUCUAGCAUAGCGAACUUACUUAUAUAUUAUUACUGUGACAUGUAAUACUCCUUAAGAAGAGGUGACGAUGACGAUGAUAAAGAAAUUCUACCGAUACAGAUAGGGAAGAGGUUGUUCUGCACAA